CGUCCUUUCUUUGCUGAUUCCUUUGUACUUUUUAUAAAAACAAUCACCAUUUCUCAUUGAACCCCCAGAAAAUUCUUACACCAAACCAACAACUUCUACCAAGAAUUCAGGCUCCAAACAAAGCGAAACUGAUAAAUCCAGCAGAUUUUGGGAAAUGGGUUCUUGAAUUCGCCUUCAAAGAUUCAGUUUUCUUGGUAUGUUUUCAGCUGCCCUUCUCGAUUUCCGGGACUUUGUUGCAUUACUGUUGAAAAUCCUGCUGUAAAAAUCGUGUCUUUGUAGCCCUAGAGAGGUUUAAAUUACUGGGUCAAAUUCUGUGGUAAGAAAAUGAGGGAUUUUCCGUCUUGUUUUGGGGAGAAUGGAGUUCAAGUUGCUGAUGCUUCUUGUUCGAGUGUUGGUGUGAGUAAAUCUUCUCAGAAUUCUGUGACUUGCGUCUAUAGAUGUAAACUGUUUGAUAAAUCUUGCUUGAUUAGCAUUGUGUGGAGCAAGAGUUUGAUGGGCCAAUGCCUUAGUGUUGAAAUAGAUGAUGCAUCUCAUCAGUGCAUCUUUAAGGUGGAUGUGAAGCCCUCUUUGUUCUCAAAGAGGAAAGGGUCUAAGUGUUUGGAAGUUAAUUCAGGUAGAAUUGAAGUGUUUUGGGAUCUUUCUAUGGCGAAAUUCGGAUCCGGGCCGGAGCCCUUGGAGGGUUACUAUAUAGGGGUUGUAUGUAAGAGGGAGAUGGUUUUGCUAAUUGGGGAUCUGACAAAAGAAGCAUUCAAGAAAACCGGAGCGAUUGCCUCCCUUUCUAGUGCAGUAUUCGUUUCCAAGAGGGAACACAUUUGUGGGAAGAGGGUAUUUGGAACCAAGGCUCAGUUCUGCGAUAAUGGCCAAAUCCACGACCUUAAAAUCGAGUGUGAUACGAUUUUUGGCGAUGAUCCGUUUCUUGUGGUUCGUGUCGACUCGAAGCCUGUUAUGCAAGUUAAGCAUCUCCGGUGGAAAUUUCGUGGGAACUGCACAAUCUUGGUUGAUGGGAUUCCAGUUGACGUGUUCUGGGAUGUGCACAAUUGGUUGUUUGGCUCGAAUCUAGGCAGCGCCGUCUUCAUGUUUCAAACUAGUUUAUCAAUGGAAAAACUGUGGACCGGCAAUUCAAUUUCCGAUUCGUCGUCUGUCUUCUCCUGGAGCUGCUCAGGGAGCUUCAAGGAAUCCAAGCAGCCAGGUCUUGGCUUUUCUUUGUUCUUGUAUGCUUGGAAGUAUGAAUAGGUAUUCAUUUCUUUCAUUGAUUACUAACAUUAUAUCUCAUUCGAUAUUCUUGGGAAUCAAAGAUCUUUGUUCAAAUUUUUCUUAAUGGAGUUGAUGU